CUGUCCUUGAAAAGAAAAGUCCGGAAAUAUUUCUUUCGAAGAACCGAGUUUGAAUUAUACUUUUCAAAAUGGACGCCAAAGAAUGUUUCCAGAAGGCCAACGAAGAAUUUGUUAACGAAAACUUCGAAACGGCUCUUGAACUUUAUUCUUCUGCGAUUGAAUUAGAUGGAAAUAAUGCUGAAUAUUACAAUAACAGAGCACAAGUCAAAAUCAACCUAGGGAAAUAUGAGGAGGCGCUUAAAGAUACUAACACCGCAUGUGAACUAAAUCCAAAGAGCAAGAAAGCGUACUUCAGGAAAGCUGUUGCAUUAUUUCACCUUGAUAAGUAUAAAGAAGCGUAUACAACGUUUCAAGCAACAGCAAUUCUUGAUCCUGAUGACAAGGCCGUAAAAACGUGGAUGAGAAAAUGUGAAGCCGAAUUGGACAUUUCAAGUAAGGAUUCGGGGGAUGAUAAACCAGUUGAACCCGUGGUUGGUGUUUCUAAAGGAAAAGAUGAAGAAAUGACACCAAAGCAGGAUCCAGCACCUCCAAUAUCAGCACCCAGUCAACCAAGUCCACCAAUAUCCACUGUACCCAAGGUAAAAUACGACUGGUAUCAAACCCAAACAACUGUCGUCAUCAAUGUGAUGCUGAAAAACGUGAAAAAGGAUGAUUGUGGCAUAAAUAUUCAACCGAAACUUGUAAGUGUGACUGUGAAAUUACCAGGAGGAAGUGAAUACAAUUUAGAACUUAAUUUGGCCCAUGACAUCAUUCCAGAGAAAUCCUUCAGCAAAGUCAUGUCAACAAAAAUUGAGAUUAAACUUCGGAAAUUUGAAGAGAUGCAGUGGAAAAAAUUAGAGGAUGAUGGAAUGAAAGAUAAUGUAAAGCAGUUUAGGCCUGAGGGAGCAGAUCUGGGGGUCAGUAAAUACCCUACCUCCAGCCAUUACACCAGAAACUGGGAUAAGUUGGUGACUGAUAUCAAACAGGAAGAGAAAGAUGAGAAACUGGAUGGAGAUGCUGCUCUGAAUCAGCUGUUUCAGAAGAUAUAUGCUGAUGCCAAUGAAGACACAAAGAAAGCCAUGAUGAAAUCAUUUUAUGAAUCAGGAGGAACAGUUCUCAGCACAAACUGGAAGGAUGUUGGCAAAGAGAAAGUGGAGGUCAAACCACCCGAUGGAAUGGAAUACAAAAAAUGGGAAAUGUGAUAAACAACUUUGUUGAAAUUUUAUACAAUUAUGUAAAUAAACUUUUUUAUAUAAUAAUCUUAAUGAAUAUGUGAAUUUUAUUUUGUAAAACCCACUGAUAAAAAUUUUGUUUGCAUCUUGUGAAGUUUUACUCAAUAAAAUAUUGCAAGAGUA